GAGGGUCAACAACACUAUUACUACUACCUGUUUAAGCAAAACAGAAUAAGCGAUUCAGCGCCCACAGUUUGGUGAUUUUUGAAUCGAAUCGAAUCGAAUCUGUCUUGUUUCCACACACAACUCAACUCAAAUAAAUUAACACCGUGCAAUCCACGCGAACGCCACAACCCCUAUAAAACUCUUUCAUCAUCACUUACUAACACAUUUCAUCGCCGUUUUAUUCAAAAGCUCUUGUCGUUUUUCAAAAUGCAGUCUCUACAACAAAAAGCUUCAGAAUGGAGCGGAGUUCCAACAGACGAAGCUUUCUCCAUCGAUGAAACAAAUCUCUUCCAGAAACUCGGUCUUCAAACCUUCAUUAACCUCUCCACCAAUUUCUACACCAGGGUUUAUGAUGACGAAGAAGAAUGGUUUCGUUCCAUAUUUGCGAAUUCUAAGAAAGAAGAAGCUAUUCAAAAUCAGUAUGAGUUUUUCGUGCAAAGAAUGGGAGGUCCUCCUCUUUUUUCUCAGAGAAGAGGACAUCCUGCUCUAAUUGGUCGACAUCGACCAUUUCCUGUCACGCAUCAAGCUGCAGAGAGGUGGUUACAUCACAUGCAACAAGCAUUGGACACUACUCCAGAUAUAGAUGACGACUCAAAGAUCAAAAUGAUGAAGUUCUUUAGGCACACGGCAUACUUUUUGGUGGCUGGUGAUGAGCUAAAGAAUCCAACCCAACAAAUACCAUGCAAGCAUGCAGCUGGAAAAGAUAGUUCAUGAUUCAUGAAACUUUGCAUCAAUUUUCUUUUAUUUUUUAACUUAUAAUCCUCGACACACAAUUUGUAAAACUUUCAAUCAAAAAGUGAUUUGAAUUUCUUGCGUC